UGUGGAACAGGAAGUGAAGACAGACAGAGAGGCUCCUGAAUCCUUCUCACCUGAACACACAACUGGAUCUUCAUACAGGUUCAGGUGUCCUGGUCCAGGUGUGUUCCAGUGUGCUUCGACUGGCCUGGUGUUCGUCAUGGCUCAGGAGGCGGAGCUUCUGUACAGGACGGUCCCUUGGGAGGAGAGCCUCCUCCAAUCAGCUGGCAAGCAGGCAGCAGGGCCGCUGUUCGACGUGAAGAGUUCUGUUGAAGCUGCCGUCGUCCAGCUCCACCUGCCACACAGCGAGACAGAGGAUGCGCUGCUCCUGGAUGGCCUGUUGUCUGUCGUCCACAUCACUGAUGAAGGCCUGAGCAUCUUGGAGCCGCUGGAGGUCACACGCACUCACGUGGUGGUGAAGGUGCCUCACCUCUCUCUCUAUGGCCUGGUCUGCGAUAUCCUUAAAAGGGUUCUGUUUCUGCGGAUAAAGGGCAAAAUUCUGCUGUUCCUACGACCCCCGGGCAGAGAGGAGCAAAUACUGGAUGUACAUCUGCUGCCGAACAACGUCCUUCAGGAGAAGGUUGCUGAACAACACAGCUGUGCUGUGCACAUCACAAUCUCCUCCGACUGUGAGCUGGACAUUUAUCACAGUUACAGUGUGCACUGUGAACCUGAGGGCUUCUUCAUUCAGCCUGAGAGUAAAACAUUUGAUUCCAGGUUUGGACCAGAUUACUAUCCGACAUUUCAAGUUUCCCUGACAACAAACACAGAGAGAGUGGCUUUGAAGGUCAAGGAUCAAGGUGGAAACGUAGUCUGGAAUUAUCGCGUGUCACUGGAAGUUCCAAGGCGGCAAUUAUCCCAGAGAAUUGACCCAGCAGAGAGCAGAGUCCCAUCAGACCAGUGGCUGCUCUCAGUUCGGGCAGAGUUCAUUCAAAGAGUGUCUCUACCUGUGCUGAACGACCUUCUGGAUAAACUCCUUGAGUCUGAGGUGAUCAGUGAAUCUGAAAUGGAGUCAGCCAGAACCAAAUCCCGAAAUGACGGAGCACGAGAUGGAGCACGAGAGGUGGUGGACACGGUGCGAAAAAAAGGAGCUGCAGCGUGCAGGGUUCUGAUCAAUGCUCUCCGUGAGCUGGACCACCUUCUUUACGAAGAGCUCCACUCGAGCUGAAGCGUCCACGCUCACUCAGGUCGCGUCCACGCUCACUCAGGUCGCAUCCACGCUCACUCAGGUCACCUGUCCUGUUGUCUGCGGUCUGCGGAGGCCUACUCCCACCUGUCGAGUAUGGCUGUGCUGAGGUGGAUUUUCCCCGGAGACAUCGUGGAGAGACGGAGUGGCUCCACGCUUCGGGCUGGGGCCUGCUUCCACCGGGUGUGUGCUGCUGUGCGGAGGAGGAUUUACCACGGCUGGGGCCUGC